AUGUACUCGGCUUGUCGAGCUAUUCAUUGUAUAAAUUCUCUUCCUGUAUCUACCAUUUGGAUUAAAAAGGAAUUAAUUAAAAAAGCUUCUCCAGCUUGCAAUUUGCCUGCUCCGGCCGAAAAUUUGGAAUCGAUAAAUGACUUUUUACAUCAAUACGAUUUUUUUCCUGAUCGUAAAUAUGAUCAAAAGCUGCGGACCUUGAUACCCUCUCAACCAAUUUCUAUCAAAGGCGAUGAUCACAAACUGGAAUGCAAUAUCUGCCUUUGUGACUACAGGACUGGACAAAAGGUACGCCAUCUCCCCUGUGGUCACGUUUUCCAUCGGGAGUGCGUUGACAAGUGGUUGGCCAACGCGGAGACGUGUCCCAAGUGUCGAAAACAUGUGGUAAACGCUCUGCGCCUUCUACUUUCGAGUAAAGAAAGCCAAAGCACUCGUAGACGCUCGCAAUCGAGCGUUAAUUUACCAUCGUCCUCGUUUUCAUCGUCUCAAUUACAGAACAUACAGCCUUCAGUGGUUGUGAAGCACAAUCGUGCAAGCAUUCUGCGUCUUGAAUUAGCGAGGAGUCGUCGUACAGCAAAUACAGAAUUUGAAAGAGCGAUAAAUUCAAAUAGUACGACUCAGGCAAAACUAAGAAUAACCUCAAAUAUUCCUGAACAAAUCCCAACUCACAGUGGAGAAACUCUUUCGGCUUCUAGUUCUAUCGAACCUUCAGCUGGGGCAAACGAAGGCAUUAGCAUUUGUACUGACGAUUUGCAUUCUACGAAUGACAAAGGAGAUGAAAUGUUAAAUCACGAAUCAUCUGAUGAGCCGAGACGAAAAGCUGCUGAGGCCGCAAUGCAACGCUACGAGCAGUUCCACAAAAAGACAGAUUAA